AGCUUUCUGAAAAUCAACUGUACAUUGAUGUCCACUGGUUUUUCAUGGAAUCCAGUCAUGCUUACACUGAUCUUGAUAUAGAUCAGAUUUAUUCAGCCACUACACCAGAAAGCUUGUUAAAACAUCGCUUGGAAGCAAAAAUAAAAGAAGUGCAAACAGAUUCUCAGCCACUAAAGUUGGCAUCACAAGAACCAGAUGAAAGUGACCGCUAUCUUGCAGAAGUAUUUAAAAAUGGGAUUUCUGUGCAGAAGUACUGGCUGAUGGGAGGAAAUUAUACUUUCUGCUUGCCACAAAAGUGCAAUGUUUUGGCCCGUUAUCCAAAAUUUCCAACUCUGUGUCAGCCAAAUGGAUUUCAGAAAGGAAUGAGGAUUGUUGUGGAUCUCACCGCCUCUCACAAAGAUGUUUAUGCAGAGGCUAUGAUUGAGAAAGCCGGUCUGGGUGGAGAUCUCAGGCUGCAAUAUUCUAUUCCUGAGGAAGAAAUCAAUACACACAUUGAU